UCUGUCUAUGCGACAUUAAAUAGCCAUUUUUAAAUCAACGUUGUAAGUAUUGGGUAAACAAGUGUUUAAAUUCGUGUACUUACAUGUUCAUGUGUGCUCCAGAAAGAAGACACUUUUUGACUUCUUACACAGCCAGCUAGGACGUGAAGCAUCGAACGCAAUUAGUGGUAGAGUGUCGAAAGGGAAUCGAUGUAAGAUGGAAACGGCAGAAAUCGAGGAGGAGCGAGGUCACUCUAAUUCUAUAAAAUUACCAGCCACGGUUGAAGUAUUUGCAAAUUUGAAAAAUGCUCAAAAAUUCGCUAUUGACAUCGGCUUAUCAUUAACAAAAAUAGCUUAUUAUUCAACGGUCAGCUAUCGUAAAGCGCUUUACGAAGAUAGUGGUCUAGGAAAUAGUGGAGAGCGAGCAUACAAAGUAUAUGAAGGAAAUAGACUUCAUUUUGUUAAGUUUGAAACACAAUACAUUGAGAAUUGUUUAGACUUUGUAAAAGAAAAUUUAGUAAAUGUUGAAAGGUUUCAUGGUAAAAGCGUUAAAAUAACUGGUGGAGGAGCAUAUAAAUAUACUCCAUUAUUACAAGAAAAAUUAGGCUUGAUAGUUGAUAAGGAAGAUGAAAUAGCAUGUCUGAUAAAAGGCUGUAAUUUUUUACUUAAAAAUAUACCAUGUGAAGCAUUUGAGUAUGAGAGACAUGGAAAUCCUGAAUAUAAAUUUCAAAAGGCUGGUCCUAAUAUAUUUCCAUACAUGUUAGUCAAUAUUGGUAGUGGUGUCAGUAUUAUGAAAGUGGAGUCUGAUAAGGUAUUUGAAAGAGUUGGUGGCACAGCUACUGGAGGAGGGACUUUUUGGGGUCUAGGUUCACUACUCACAAAGAGAAAGGGCUUUGAUGAAUUGCUGCAACUUGCAGAACAAGGAGAUCAUCGUAAUGUUGAUAUAUUAGUGAAAGAUAUUUAUGGAGGUGAUUAUUCUUCUCAAGGCUUAUCUGGAGAGCUUAUUGCAUCUUCCUUUGGCAAGGCAGUAUCUUGUAAUAGUAACAAUGGGCGACUAAACUUUUCUGAGGCAGACCUUGCAAGAAGUCUUUUAUUCACAAUAAGUAAUGAUAUUGGACAAAUAGCUAGCUUAUAUGCAACUGUGCAUAAAAUGACUAAGGUUUAUUUUGGUGGCUAUUUUCUUCGAAAUCACCCUUUAUCAAUGCAUACUAUUUCAUAUUCCAUCAAAUACUGGUCACAUGGUAAAGUAAAACCACUUUUUUUGCGCCAUGAAGGCUAUUUGGGUGCAAUUGGAGCAUUUUUAUAUGGUGCUGAACAAUCAGAUGAACAUAACUGGUUAGAAAAUUAUGCAGGUUCCUCAGGAUUCAAGGAUUCAGUAUUCACUAAUUUUGGAAUUACAGCUGAUCAGUUGGAAAUUGAUCAAGCUGAAAUUGCUGUUUCAUUUUGUCCCCUUUUAAAAGAUCCUACAACCUAUAAUCCUGAUACAACAGAUCUUGCAGAGGACAAAGAAGCUAGAGAUUACUGGCUUCAGUGUUUUGAAGAAUCAGUGGACAAAUUUGUAGCAAGGGCUAUUCAUAGCCAACCUCAGAGUCCAACUGCGAAAGAUAGAGCAACAAAACUUAAGGAGAAAUAUGUUAAUAGACUACAUUAUCUGCACUUGCAACCAUUUGCAUAUGGAACUCUUACUGUAAGAGUACUGUUGGAUACAAUCGAACACUGUAUGAAGGAAUUUGACUUUCCUGAUCCCUAUUUGCAUCAAAAGAAGAAGGAGAAUGAAGAAGCUUUAAAGCAUUUGAAAGACCGAUUGGCCACACUGGAUAAGUUGGAGGGAGCAAAGAAGAUAGAAACUUUAAUAUUAGGCGUUCUAAGCGGGAAUAUGUUUGAUUGGGGUGCACAAGCUGUUGCUACUUUGAUGGAAACAACGGACUUUGGUUUCGCUGAAGCUGAAGCAAAAAUUCCAGGGAGACCUUGGUUGCAUGAUGAUUUGGAUGAUUGGAUAGAAAGAUUGGAAACUGGACCACCUCAUAAGUGUGCAGCCAUUUUUGUUGACAAUAGCGGAGUUGACAUAGUAUUGGGAAUUUUACCAUUUGCGCGAGAUUUAUUACAACGAGGCACAAAAGUUAUAUUAUGCGCUAAUUCUAUGCCAGCGUUGAACGAUGUAACAUACCCGGAACUGGUUGUGACGUUACGAGAUGCAGCAAAAAUAUGUAAAGUUAUUAGGCAUGCUCUGAAAGAGAAUCGAUUGAUCGCUAUGGAAACAGCUCAGGCAGGACCUUGUCUGGACUUGAGCCGACUGAAUCUAGACUUAUGUCUUGCGAUGGUAAAAUAUAAUGUUGACCUUAUUGUCCUCGAGGGAAUGGGCAGAACACUUCAUACUAAUCUUUACGCAAAGCUGACUUGUGAAUGUUUAAAGUUAGCAGUUGUUAAAAACCGGUGGCUUGCACUUCGUUUGGGUGGCGAUAUGUACGCCGUAAUAUGCAAAUAUGAACGAUCACCAUCAAAAACAACUAUUUACGAUGUAAACAUGGCAGAAAAAUGUCCACCGGAAUGUAUAGAGGCAACAACACCAGUUUGCACGUGCGAGGACAAUGAUCAAAUCACGAAGAUGUAAUUACAUUUUGACAAUACACAUUGGAACAUUGAUCUAUUCAAAAUUUCAUUUCAUUUAUAGGGACUGAAAACUACUAUGUUAAAGUAUUGCUCUACAUUUAAGUAUGUAUAUAAAGUACUUAUGAAUACUUUUUAUAACAUUUAUUGUUAUUUGUUUUUAAUAAUGCAAAUAUUACAAAGCUUACAAACAAUGUCGAAAGAAACUUGGUUGAUUGCAUUAUAUAUUUUGUUCUAGGAUAUAUUAAUAAAAAGUAUUGUAAAGUUUUUCACAUUUACAGAACAUUAGGCUUCUUGAUACGAUGAAGUUAACCAAGUUUCAUCAAUUAUUUUGUUAUUCAAUCACAAGGAUCUUAGCGUUGACAGAGAAUACUGAUAAAUAACAAUUAAUGUCUAGUCAACGAUAACAAAAUUAUUUUUUGUGUAAUUUGAAAAGGUUACCGUAGACUAAUUAUAAAGUAAUAACGACCAAUAUUAAAAAUUAUAGACAUGUAUGCGAGGUACCCGUGUUAUACACCCAGACACUUCGCACAUCUACAUGUAGUACAUAAUAUUAUACAGUACGUUUUCUGUGAUAAUACAACAUUCAAAGAAGAAAUUAUACAUUCGUGUGAAUUAAAAUUCUAGGCAAUAUAAUGAAAUAAAACGUACAAAAUGAAAAUACUUUAAGACAGGAAUGUUCCCAGUAUGAAAAGAUUUUUAUGAAACUAUAUUUCCGUUGAACUGAAUGUCAUGGAAAGUAAAUUUAUUUCUGCAUAUAUAAUUAUAUAUAGAUAUAUAAUUAAGCAGAAUGUUAACAAGUGGUCUCGGACGUCUUUGUUCAUUUUACAAAAUUAGAGUAUUAUCAGAAAGAUAAGUGAUUGUAAUAUGUAUUCAAUUUGCCAUGAAGAUCGAGCGUUCCGAUAAGAUAUAAUUUUUGAUUACAUUAACGCUGUCUGUGCAAACAAGUGUAUCACAGUUACAUCAGAACGAUUCACGAAAAAGAGGAAACGUAUAAACAAGUAUUAAACCAACAAACGAUAAAUCAACUGGUCUUAACGAGAGUGUCUUAACGAAGAGAAAAAGAUUGUUAAACGUUGAAAGGAAUAGAGUCUAAAAUAGAAAGAAGAUAACAGUUUGUUAAUACUCGAUUGAAAUGUACGUGUAUGUGAUAUUUAACUUGGUUUGUAACGUGUAAAUAAAACACCAUCUUUUUCUAAUCAUAAUUGUAGGCUGUUUAAUGAUUAAACGAUACGACUUCCAUUAAAAUUCCAAUCAAAUCUGCCAAUGAAUCUCUUUUAGUGGCAAUUGAUUCUUUUCGAUUGCACGUCUCAUUCCUACUCGUCGGUUGGACAAAAAUAUAAUAUUUAAAAAUAAUAAGUACAUCAAGUUUCGCUACCCUUUAGGUGUCCUAUUUGGAUGAUAAAUCCUAGUUUAUCGAUGUAAAUGAAAACGCGAAUAAAGAUCUCCGGGUAAUUACAUCAAAAUCAAUUGGCAAACUUAAAAGGACAGGGUAUUACGUAAUAGUACAAAACGAAAGCUACAUAUGUUAUAACUGAAUAAAAACGAAUCGAAGGAGUAACGGGAGGAAUUUGCUCAGGCGAAAGAUUCACUAUUUCUGACCCAUUCACAAUCUUAUCAACGAAUCGCCGAGACGCAUGCAUCCUUUCCCCCCAACGAAACAAUGUAUUUAAAAUGUUGACUUUAUACGA